UGCAGUUGCGAACAGACAAGACGAAAAUUUCUGGAAAAUGAAGUUCAACUGGGCUACGAUUCUGCUUCUCGGUUUCGUUGCAGUGACCGCCCAAAAGGAUAAUUACUGCGAACGGAACGAGACGACCAGAAUCCAAGUUCCGGUCACCAAGGAGGUGAUCAUCGUGAAACCCAAGCCCUUUUGGAAAAUUUGGAAAAAAACGGAGAAGAAAGUCGAGUUGCAUGACUCGAUGGAGGAGCAGGUGACCCACCAGUUGGUCAGGGAAUGCUGCCCUGGCUAUUUGCAGGUGGAAUCCGGUUUGUGCGAGCCCGUCUGCACUCGCGGCUGUCCGGCCCACGCCAGCUGUGCCGCUCCAGAUCGCUGCGAGUGCAUUUCCGGCUACAUCUCGGCCAGGAGUCACCAGGAUGGCAGCCACUAUUGUGAGCCCAUCUGCCAGACCCAGUGUCCGGCGGGUGCCCAGUGCGUAGCGCCCAACACCUGUGCCUGUCGCGAGGGCUACACCCAAUUGCAGCCGACUGGCGAUGGAGUGAGUGCCGAUUGUGCCCCAAUCUGCCAGGUGGGCGACGGAUGUGCCAAUGGCAAGUGCAUCGAUGUGGAGCGCUGCUCCUGCAAUCCCGGCUAUCGGUGGGACAAGACCGAGGAGCGUUGUGCCGAGCUGAGUGCGGAGUACAGUUCCGAGGAGCUGGACACCACCGAGGGCAGCUCCGAGUCCUGGGCCAGCAGUUCGACGGCUGCCAUCGCGGCCACCGAGUGUCCCGAAGACUAUGUCCUUUUCCGUGGCGAGUGCCGCGAAAAGCAGUUCAACAGCAAUGAGGCGGGCUGCCCGAACAUCGACUGUGGUCCCCAUCAAACAUGCCUCGAAUCCGGCAAGUGUCAGUGCUCCGCAGGAUAUGUGGCCGAGGAAAAUAGUGGCGCAAGUGGAACGCUCAGCUGCCGGCCUACUUUAUUCGAAACAAUGAUUCACCUGGAUCAGGCCACCGACGACGAGGAUGAGCUGAAUCCCUGGACCAUUCCCAUCAUCGGUGUGGCCAGUGGAGCCCUCUUUGUGCUGCUCAUCGUGGGUCUCCUGGGCGGAAAGCGAUACCGCCAGGAGCGGGCCGCGGUGGCCAGCAAGGAGAUGGAGUGCCAGUAUUCGCAGAAGACCGUGGAUGUGGACGAGUGGGUGCCAUGAUGGAGUCCAGUUCACCCUCGGCGUUGGGCUGUGUUAGAUAUACCUUUAUUGUUAACUUAAAAACAUUUUUCAUUUGUGAAUAAAGAACAUAAACUUAAAAACAUUAAA